GUAAUGUCUUAUAAUUAAUUUGAAAAUUUUAAUGGAUUAGAAAUAAAUUUAUGUAAAGAUGAAAUAAAUUCUAUGGAGAAAUAUUUUGAAUCAACAGAUAAAAGUUUUAACGAUUAUGAUAAUAAGAAGGAGCUAAUGGAAUUAAAUAAUCUAGGUUACUGUUAUCAAUACGGAAUAGAAAAAAAGAAAGAUGGGUUUAAAGCAUUUAAACUUUAUUUAAAGGCAGCAGAAGGAGGAAAUUCUGAUGCACAAAAUAAUUUAGGUUAUUGUUAUCAAAAUGGAAUUGGUGUAACAAAAGAUAAAAAGAAAGCAUUUGAAUGUUAUUUAAAAGCUGCUAAUGAGGAUGAUUUACACGCUCAAUAUAAUUUGGGUAUUUGUUAUCAAAAUGGAAUAGGAAUAAAUAAAGAUAAUAAGAAAGCUUUUGAAUGGUAUCUUAAAUCAGCUAAAGGAGAGUAUUCACCAGCACAAAAUAUAUUGGGUAAUUUUUAUCAAAAUGAAAUUGGAAUGGAAAAAGAUUUGGAACAAGAAAAAGCAUUUGAAUUAUAUAAAAUUGCUGCUGAAAAAGACCAUUAUAUGUCACAAUGUAAUCUUGGAAUUUUAUAUGAAAAUGGUAAUGGUACAGAAAAGGAUUUAAAACAAGCUAGUUUUGAAUAUCUUAAAAAAUCAGCUGAAAAGGGAUACUCUGAUGCUCAAUUUGAACUUGGUUAUUAUUAUUAUUAUGGAAUUGGAACAAAAAAAGAUUUAAGUAUGGCUGUUUAUUGGUUUAGUAAAGCAGCAGAAAAUGGAUGUAAAACGGCACUACAUAAUUUGGGUGAAUGUUACGAAUUAGGAAAUGGUGUAGAUAAGAAUGAAAUUAAAGCAUUUGAAUAUUAUAAAAAAUCAGCGAAAUAUGGAGAUAUGGAUGCAAAAUUUAUACUUGGUUAUUGUUAUGUAAAUGGUAUUGGAACUGAAAUCAAUAAAGAAAAGGGAUUUAAAUUGUAUGAUGAAGCUGCUGGUAAUAGUGAUUAUAAGGAAUAUGAAGAAGAAAUUGUAGAUAAUUUGGAUGAGGUUAAAUAUUGGUAUCAAAAAGCUGCAAAAAAUGACAAUAAAUAUGCAUUAUACAAAUUAGGUGAAUUCUAUCAAUAUGGUAAUGGUGUUGGUCAAAACGAAAUGAGAGCAUUUGUAUUUUAUAAAAAAUCAGCUGAUCAAGGAUUUAUAGAUGCUCAAUAUAAACUUGGAGAUAUUUACAGUAAAGGAACUGAAAUUGAAAUUAAUAAAGAAAAGGCAUUUGAAUUAUAUGAAUUAGCUGCAGAAGGAGGAAAUGUUAAUGCUCAAAGAAGUCUUGCAUCUUUAUAUGAAAAAGGCGAGGGAACUGAACAAAGUAAAGAAAAAGCUAUUUAUUGGUAUGAAAAGGCUAUUGAAAAUGGGUGCCCAAAAUCUCAAGGAUUGCUAAAUGUUCUAACUCAGUAA